GACAAAAGCCUUUUAAUGCUUCAUUUAAAUGUGUACCUUGCACCCUCACGAAGCCCAGGGCUCAGCAGGAUCAUGAAAUUCACCACAGAUCCAGUGGAUGCCCCAGAGUUACCAAAGAAGUUCACUUUCAACCCGAAAGAAGGAAUUGACAACCCUGCUUUAGUGAUCUCGGAUGACAAAGAGCCUGAUGUGCAUCCGCGGCUGUGUGUUCUGAAGCGGGAGGAGGGUCAGGGCUUUGGCUUCUACCUGAGCAAGGACACUGGCUGCAGGGGACAUGUGGUGCGGCAGGUGGAGCCUUGGAGCAGCGCAGAGCGGGGUGGGCUGAAAAAGGGGGACCGUGUUUUGGAGGUCAAUGAGGACUUUGUGGAUGACAAGGAGCACUCGACUGUGGUGCUGAAGGUGCAGGCGUCUGGGCUGAAGCUAUAUCUGUUAGUGCUGAGUGCUCAGGAUUAUGAGUUUGCGGUUUCGGAGGGAACAGACCUUACGUCGCUCUCUAGAGCUUACCAUCCCGUGGAGGGCUGUUCUCGCCCACGGUUGUGUUACAUCACUAAAGAGCCUGGCAGCGGCUUGGGCCUCAGAAUCAUUCCUAUUGAAGGUGUGCGAGGCCGUUAUCGUCUCAGCCCCAUGAGUGAUGGUCCAGCUGAGAGAGCAGGAGUCCAGAAUGGAGACAGGCUGAUCUGGAUCAAUGGAGUCAUGAUUUCAGCACUCACAUUUGCAGCACUGUCAAAAAUGGUGAAGAAAUGUGAGGACCACGUGACUGUCUUGGUUAUUGACAGCAGGAGUGAAGAGAGUUAUAAUCACAUGAGAUUACCCAUAAUUCCUGCUUUCGCCAAAACUCAUAAUCUACCCUACAGACCAAAAACGCUACACCUGACUCAAGGACCACAGGGAUACGGGUUCCUCUUAAGGCAAGAGAAGUUAAGAUCUGGGCGUAUUGCUCAUGUAUUACGAGAUAUUGACCCCGGCAGCCCAGCUGAGACUGUAGGAAUGGAGGAUGGAGAGCUUGUGCUAGCGGUAAACGGGGAGCAGGUGGAGGAUGCAGAGCAUGAGGGCAUCGUCAGCAAAAUACGGCAAAGUGGCCAGCAGGUCACCCUAACCACCAUCUCCAUCCCAGGCAGAGACUAUUACACACAGCUGGGUAUUUCUCCAUUGCUGUUCUAUGAAGUCCAUAUUCCAAAAAGGGAACAGUUCUCUAAACCUCCUCCACAACAUCAUGAGGGACACCAAAUUCCACCGCACCCUCGACUUUGUGUGCUUCACAAAGAGGGAUCGGGAUUUGGCUUCAACCUAGGCUGUGUUCAGAAUAAGCCUGGGACUUAUAUCGGCCAGGUGAUGACGGGGAGUGCAGGAGAGAGAGCUGGGCUGUGUGAGUGGGAUGUGGUGGUAGAGGUGAAUGGACAGAAUGUGGAGGAAGAGUAUUUUGAUGAAGUGGUGAGGCUGAUAAAAGAGGGAGGAACUCCUCUCAGGCUGUUAGUCAUGGAGGGAGAAGGAUAUCAGAAACUGAGAAGCACCAUGCAGACUUCAGGUCUCAAAACCAGCCAGACUUCAAGUUCAGGACUCAAUCUUCACAGUAACACGGUUCCAGACACUUCACAAGACGAUUUUUUGUGAAUUAAUAAAACGAGGUAAAUUUUAUUAACUUAUUAAUUUAACAAUUCCUUUUAUUAAUAUAUAAUAAAAGACGACUCACAAGAAGAUUUUGUAUGUAUUACUAUAACUAGGUAAAAACUGUAAUUUUGUUAACUUAUUAAUUUAACAAUUCCUGUAAUUAACUGAUUAUAUAUAUAUAUAUAUAAAAAAAAUAAAACUAAACACCAGUAAAUUCCCCUCUCUGCUGGAGAACACAAAUACUGUCUAUAUGGCUAAAGAAGAUUGUCUUAUGUCUUGCAAAAAUAUUGAAAAAGGGGAAAACGUUUUUCAGAUAAAAGCAAAUCUGCUUGUCAAUAACCACAUUUAUUAUUAGUGUCAUUAUUUAAUGCAACCACAACACAUAUUUGAGUACAAAUGUAAUAUAAUGUAUAAUAUAAAGCCUGGAGUACUUGCGUACCAUCAGGUUUACAAAAAGUGAUUUAUAUUGUUGUAUGACUGUAUAGUAUAAAAACACAAUGAAAUCUUAAACUCCUAAUCAUUCUGGAAACCUGCAUGUAGAGGUGUGAUUUCAUGUUAAUAUAAAAAGUUUUAUUUUAAAAGUAUUCCAUGUCAGAUUUGUAGCAUGAGUGAAUUUUUCACCUUUCAGUAUUUUUAAAUGAAUAUAAAAAGAUUUAUUUAAAGAUUAUUUACUUAAAUCAAUUUUCAAAUGUAAAAUGUUUGCUCCAUGCACCACAUUAAUAAAUUCUUCUCAGAAUGUUUUUUUAUACCUCAA